CAGAUUCUGUCGUUCUCUUCUUCCUCCUCGCAAGAUUUAAUUCCCAUCUUUAAAUCCCGCCACCGGCCACUCUCAUCCGUUUGUUGGUUGAUUGAGGAGGCUGGGUAGCUAGGGCCUGCAAAUGGAGGAGGAGGAGGAGACAGGGAGGAUGAGGGUGCAGCAGCACGUGACGGCGGCGGAGGGAGGAGGAAAGAAGGCGAAGAGGAAGCGGGGGAAGGUGGAGCUGAGGAGGAUAGAGGACCGGACGAGCCGGCAGGUGCGAUUCUCCAAGCGGCGGAGCGGGCUGUUCAAGAAGGCCUUCGAGCUCUCCGUGCUGUGUGACGUCGAGGUCGCGCUUGUCGUCUUCUCCCCCGCCGGCCGCCUCUACGAGUUCGUCUCCUCCAAUACCAGUGUUGAGGAAAUUUUUGGUCGAUGUCGGGGCCUUUCCAACACGGUAAUCGAUCUAAAUAUUGACCCACGAGAUUCUGGAGUUGAUUACAAUAUGAAGCAAAAAUUACAGAGUUGGAUGGAGGGACAUUCCCUUGGAUUAUUAUUUUACUAUGAAGAUCGAGGAAGUUGCACUUAUAACCUCUUAUUGCUUGAUCUGAAUAAGCAGUCAGUUCCAGACGCAGUAUCUGAGUUAAAUCACUUUGCUGAAUGUUUCAGGUCCCUGGAGUUAGAUGUCAACGAGAUGAGCAUGCCUGAACUAAGGAAAUUUGAGGAAAUUGUUACUGAAACUUUGGCAGUUAUUAAGAGCAAACUGAUGACGAAGAUGGCUGAGUUCACCCAAACCGAGAGAAAUCCGCGGAAGACAGGACAGAAUAAUUUGGGCUCACAGUCAGAAAAUGAGUGAGAAUGUGAGGAGAUGCUGGAGGCGAUGGGAGGUAUACGACUAUAUCUAGCAACAAGUUCACAGCUCCAACAAAACGUCCAAACCUGCGGUGUUCGCCAUCCGGUUUACCUAGCUGGGCUUCAUGCUUACUAAUUGGAGAGAUGUUCUCUUCCAUUAUCUACAGAAAUUGCCGAUUGUAUUUUCCAGCGAACCAACACGGACUCUGCUAUUUAUUGUGAAAAAGAAUCAAGAACUUCAAACCCAAGUAUCGUCUUGUAUCUAAAACUGGUUAAUUUGGGUUCAUGUGCCUGCAUGUGUAGGCCUUCUUUAAUUUACUUGUUGAUGGCGGAAAACUAGCAGUCAGAUUGAGAAUGCAAUGUGAUUUUGCUUA